GUUGUUCCUUUCAUUCAAACUUGUUAGUUGAACAGAAAAGGAUGUCGGGAUCACUGCCAGCUACUUUCGUCAAGGGUUUCCACGAUGAGGAGAAGGUGCGUCGUAUGGAGUACCGCCAACUCGGAUCCACGGGUCUGCACGUGUCUAAAUUAGCUAUAGGUGGCUCCCCCCUUUGCAAUCUCUUCUUUGAUGACUAUGAUCGCGAGGAGGGCAUCCUUAUGGUGCAGGAGGCCAUUAGAUCUGGCAUUAACUAUAUAGACACAGCUCCAUUCUAUCGGAGGUGCUGCUUGGCCAGGCCCUAAAGGAUGUACCCCGGGAGGCCUAUUAUAUUGCCACUAAAGUGGCGCGCUACGGGCUGGAUCCGAAGAAUAUGUUUGACUAUUCGGCUGACAAAGCUCGGGAGAGUGUGAAGCGGAGUCUGGAGCGGCUCCAGUUGGACAGGGUGGACAUACUACAGGUUCAUGACGUGGACGCGGCACCCAAUCUAGACAUAGUGCUGAAUGAGACCAUACCCGUCCUCGAGGAGUACGUCCAGGCGGGAAAGGCUCGAUUCAUCGGAGUCACCGCCUACGAUGUGGACGUGCUGAAGGAGUGUGCCGAGCGGGGCAAGGGUCGCAUUCAGGUGGUGCUCAACUAUGCUCGUUACACCCUUUUAGACAACACCUUGCUGCGCUACAUGAAGGACUUCCAGAAAAUGGGAGUGGGCGUUGUCUGUGCGGCCGCUCACUCAUUGGGACUCUUGAGAAACGCUGGACCACAUGCAUCGCAUCCCGGUAGUCAGGAAAUCCUGGCCGUGGCCAAACGGGGGGCCGAAAUCUGCCAGCAGAGGAACGUGGAGCUGGGAAAGCUGGCCAUGUACUAUACGAUGCAACUGGAUGGGGCGGCCACCUUCCUCAUCGGCAUCCCCAACCGAAAGCUGCUGCGGAUUAACCUGGACGCGAUCUUCGACGGUCUCACUUCCCACGAACAGGAAGUGCUGCAGUAUUUGCGCGAAAACGUCUUUACCAAGUCCUACAGUUGGGGAUCCACUUUAUCCACGGCUAAGUUGUUAAAGUGAGAAACCAAUAAAUCAAUGGAAAUGCAGAAAGAACGGAUUUAAAAUAAACUUUAGAUUAUACAAUUCACUUAAAUAAAAAGUUAUUAAGGG